CUUCCUGUGGGAGAGCACGGACCAGGAGGAGCCGCAAGCAGACAAGACAAAAAUCCUGGCUCUUAGUAAAAGCCAUGAAUUGUUUGUCUAUGAAUUCUCUGUAGAAGAUGGAAAAUACAACCCGAGCUCCCUGUACACUUGUAAGGAAGAGACACUUAAAAAGCUCCUUGAAGUAAAGAACAUCAGCCUGCCUUCCAUUUUCUCUUUGAAGAUACUGUAUUUUGGACACAACAAAUGCAUCCUCCUGCUCAAUAAGGUCAUUGUGGUGCACCUUGCCUUUCCUGGGAGAAACUCAUCCUCUGAGGCAUGUGACUGCGUGACCCUUGAUCUGCCUCAGCAAGUUUUGGAGGGGAUAACAGACACCCACUUCUGCAGGGGGAUCCUGUUCCUCUUAGAGAGCUCUGGCUGGAUCUGCUGGGUGUUGCCUUUGACACAGUGUGCAGACGUGUGUGACGGCUCGGACGGGGCGCGCCUGGCCCGGGUCAGCGUGGGGCUGGGGGCUGGGGGCACUGCUCCUGCCCUCCCCUCACCCCUCACUGCCCUGAAGGUGUCCCAGGAUCUGCGCCUCGCCGUGGUCACCACCUCCUCCAACUCUGCCAUCUGCCUGGACCUAAACCUCUACUUCAGACAGUUCCCUGGGCAUUUGCUCUGUAAGAGGGAUCCAGAAAGUCUUCCAGUGAAGCCUCCUGAAGGACUUGAUGAGGAUGACCUGGCUAGUUCUGACCACAGCAUGGAGCUUUUGUCGCAGCCUUUCCGCACAGACAGGUCCUGGAAGGCACACCUAGCCUCGCUGUCUGAUAGAGUGAGGAGAAGAAGACCAGGGUCUUCAAAUUUGGUGAAUGACUUGGAUUUACCUUGGUAUCAGUUUUUUACCCAUCUUGAAGGUCACGAUCCUGAAAUCUAUGAGAAUUCAGAGAAUAUUGUGGCUUUUGUUCCACGGGUUGUUACGUGGGCCCCUUCCAAACCCAGUGGGACAGACCUCAGCAAUGCAGGACAGCCGUGGAAACAAAUCCCCAGAGAAGCACCACAAGAAGUGGUGAGUCUGGAGUGUAAACUGGUGACUGGAGUUAGAGCCCUGUUUGUGGUCUUAACGGAAGACAAGGGGUUGACUCUUGCUCUCUGGGAUUUUGAGUCACAAGCUGUGAGCUAUUACCCCUUUGGCAGAACCAGCGCUUACGUGGAUUGCAGUGGAGAGGUGCCAGUGUGUCUGCUGCUGACAGAAUACGAUCUGUCCUUAGUUCUGUUUGGUUUAACUCAAGAGGAGUUUUUGACUAGAUUGAUGAUCUAUGGCAGCGCUGGGGUCGUGGAUGCCCUUUGUCAUCUCAACGGUUGGGAGCGAUGCUCGAUUCCCAUCCACGCCCUAGAGGCAGGUUUGGAAAAUCGGCAGCUGGACACGGUGGACUUAUUCUUAAAAAGCAAAGAAAGUCUCUUCAGUCUGUCUGCACCCUGCUCUGGGCCUCAGCACUCCACUGCCAGCCUGUCCCAGGCCUACCUGAGAAAUUUGGAAGAGCUGAUGCCAGCUCUGAACUUGCUUUGCUCAGCCAUCAGAGACAAUGACAUGGAGCCUCACAGUAAACCCUUCUCUGAGCAGCUGCUCAGCCUCACGUUGGCUUUCCUUAGCAAGCAACUUGAGGAAAUUUUUGUGCACACAGAGGAACCUGAUAAAUCCCUGCAGAAAGCUGCAGAUAUUUUAACUGAUUACAUUAUUAAACUUAGAAAAUUUCUGAGAAAAUAUCCUUGGGCAGAAAUGAGCCCAGCACACCCAGGAAGGGGUCUGGGUGAAGACCUGCCUGUCUUAGAAGAAAGCCACACUUGGGAAAAACUGACACCAGAGGAAGUCAUUGCUGAGGCCAUCUUAAGCAACAGAAUGCCAGAGGCCCAGACCUUCUUCCAAGUGCAGCAGCACCCUGCUCAGAAUCUUCAAGAGUUUAUUCAGACAGGCUUGAACCUGGUCUAUGACCAUCUUCUGAAGGGCAACACCAGAGAGGCUUCAGAACUUUUAAGAAAUAUGGGCUUUGAUGUGAAGGAGGAGUUGCAUAAGAUCUGCUUCUACACAGCCGACAGGCACGUCCGAGAUCUGCUGGUGAAAGUUUUACGAGAAGAAAAUUAUUUUUCUGAAAAAGAGAAGAAAAUGAUAGACUUUGUGCACCAGGUUGAAAGCCUUUACUCAGAAUCCUUCCAAGAAAAUAAAGAGAUUCAAUCUCUUUCCAGGUGGUGGCAGGGGCAGGCAGACAACUCCGGGCACACGGCUCUGCUGGGAUCACUCCUGAGCUGCCAUGGACAUCAGGAUCCCACUCAGAGGGUCAGAGUGAUGUUUAACUGGGCUCAGUGGUGGGAUGAGCUUACUCAGGAAAUGGUUCUUCUGCCCAGAAAACCACGCCAAGAGCUCCAGACGUGUAAUCCUGAGGUUCUUUGGAUGCACUUGACAGCCCAGCACGAUUGGCUUGGUAUUUGUUCAUGGAUUGAGGAGUCUGAGCCCCAGAGGACUGUGUGUGGAGCAGGCAACUGGCCCCCUCUUACUCCAGACAUCAUUGACCGCAGCAUGCUGUGUAGUGGCUAUAUGAGAAAUGAAAUACUAACCAAGCUGGCUGGAAAUGGAAUUUUUGUCUCUUCUGAGUUGGAAGAUUUCGAACUUCUGCUCCAAAGGGUGUCUUCCCUGGGGGGAGUGCUGCAGAAUCCUCACCCUGUUCCAAAAUACAGUGCUGUGGAUGGUCUGGACUUCCAUGCUCGUUUUGUCUUUCACUGCUUAGAACAUAAUUUGCAGUACCUGUUAUACACAUACUUAGACUAUUACAGUUUGACUCCCUCCAAUUGCCCUGUUUUGGACAACAAGGAGUUGCACGAAGCACAUCCCUGGUUUGAAUUCCUCGUGCAGUGUCGAGGGGUUGCCAGCAACCCAGGAGAUCCAAGGAUGAUUUUUCAGGCUAGCCUAGCAAAUGCUCAGAUCUUGAUUCCUAGUAAUCAAGCCAGUGUGAGCAGCAUGCUGCUGGAGGGACGGACACUGCUGGCACUGGCUACUACAGUGUACGCGCCGGGAGGUAUCGACCAGGUUCUUCAGAAUGAAGAUACAGAAAAUCCUCUAAAGAAAGUUGAUCCACAGCUCUUAAAAGUGGCACUGACUCCUUACCCCAAACUCAAAGCUGCUCUCUUUCCCCCGUGUACCUCUCAUGGAAUUUUGCCACCUGACAUCUCUCUUUACCAUCUGGUUCAGUCAUUAGUGCCUUUUGAUCCCACCAAGCUCUUUGGCUGGCAGUCAGCAAACACUCUUGCUGUAUCAGAUGCAUCAAGUGACUUUCCUCACUUUUCAUCCCCUGAGCUGGUGAACAAAUAUGCUGUCAUGGAACGACUGGACUUCCUCUACUAUUUGCACCAUGGACGUCCAGCCUUUGCUUUUGGGACAUUUUUGGUCCAGCAGUUAGUAAAGAGCAAAUCCCCCAAACAGCUGAUUCAGCAGGCAGGAGAUGAAGCCUGUGUUUUAGCCCUUUCCUCCUUCAGUGUCCCUGCAGUAGGGGCAGCCUGUGUGUGUUUCCUGGAACUGCUCGGCCUCGACAGCCUCAAACUCAGGGUUGACCUUAAAGCUGCAAACAUCAUUUUCAGAUACAGAACUAGAAAGGAAGAGUCUCAGCACAGUCAGAUAAGAGAAUCCUUGGUUGAAAAGUUAACAAAAAUGGCUGGUGGUGAAAAAGCAGCAGCAGCAGAAGUUCUUACCUCCUUGGAAGAAGCCUUUUGGGAUGCUAUUGAGCAUCAAGGAAUAAAGAAGACAUCUGGUGACUCCAGAAGGCAGUGGGCUCUGGUCAUGCAGUUCUGUAGAGUCCAUAAGAUUGGGCUGAGUACAUCUUACCUGAGGGAAUGUGCCAAAUCCAGUGACUGGCUGCAGUUCAUCAUCCAAACCCAGCUGUACAGCUACCAGCCAGACCAGGUCAUUUCUGUCCUGCAAGAUUUCCCCCCAGUUCUACAAGAUCACUUGAUGUUGGCGUUGGAGAAGUUACUGGUUUGGAGUCCUGAAAACAGCCUGUUCAAGAGCAAAUAUGCAGAUAGCCUCUUUCAGAUCCUCCUCCAGUGCCAGGGGAACCCCAACCCUUCGUGGUACCUCUUGACUGAAGGGCUGAGGGAGCAGGCUCCCAUUCUGAGUGUGUUAGCAGCAUGUUUCCAAGAUGCAAACAUCAUUCAUUGUCUCUGUGUUUGGAUAAUUACUACUGUGGAUGAUGCUACCAGAGCUGAAGCAACAAACCACAUUCAAAGCUCAGCAGAAAAUCAUGAGUGGGAUCUUUAUGACCUGUCAGUUAUCUGGAAAGUCUUCUUGAGAAAGCAAAGGAGUAAAACACUUCUAAAUGGCUUCCAGCUCUUUUUAAAGGAUUCCCCUUUACUGUACCUACUGGAGGUGUAUGAACUAUGUAUGAACUGUAAAAAAUACAAGGAAGCUAAACCCAAGCUGGAGCAGUUUCAGGAAAGUCUCACAAGACUUAAAGCUGAAGAGGACCCAGCAGCCUCAGCAGUGCCUGUGCAGUGGCUGGAGUCACAAGCAUUGUUUCUUCUUGAGCUGAUGAUGCAGCAGUGCAGGACGGAGUACGAGCUGCGGAAGCUCCUGCAGCUCUUUGCUGCAGCAGAGCAUCUUCUACUGGAUGGCCCCUACGUGAAGAAGCUGUGUGCCCUGAGUGAGACCCUGGAGGACUCCCCCAUCCGGAUCAGUCGCUCUGUCCUCGGCAGCUGCGGUGUGGGGCUGUUCAGGAGUGAGUGCAGCUCCAUCCUGGAGCAGCUGCAGGAGGCAGGAAUGUUCCCUCUCGCUCGGGAGGUGGCAGCACUGGCUGAGCUGCCCGUGGAUGGCAUCGUCACACGAGAGGUUCUAAGAGAUCUACAUCACUUAAGAGACAGUGGACAGUGGCAUCAGAACCAGACAAGGGUAGAAUUCUGGAAGAAAUGUAAUGACAACUUCAGGAGAAAUUCCAUCUCCAGCAGAGCUGCCUCGGAUUUUUUCUUUGAUCAGGCAAAUGAUGUAUUUGAACCUUCAGCUCCUGAGAAGUUAAGCAGCAUUAUGGAGAGACGUUUGUUGCUCACUCUGGCUGGCCACUGGCUAGCCAAGGGUGACUUGGUGUCCCUGCAGAGCUUAGAAGCAAUAGAGAAGCAGAUCUGGAUCUGCCACAUCGCCGAACAAACGCUGUCUGCAGCCGAGGGGUCGGGCAAGUCCAGGCUUCCCUCCCACGUGCUGAACAGGGAUCUCUCCUUUGAUAACUUAGCUAAGGAGUUUUCUUUUUCAAACCUGCCUGCUCUGAACACACCGAAGUACCUAAAACUGGAGGGUCUUGCAUUUGGGGAGCCUCAGCAGGUACUGACUGAGGAGGAGGAGGGGUCCCUGGAGGCUCUGCUCGGGUCCCUCCUGGACAAAGGAAGCGUGCACGAGGCCAGCCGUGUGUGUCAGUACUUCCAGUUCUACAGCAGAGAUGUCUCCCUGGUGCUGCACUGCAGAGCCCUGGCCUCGGGGGAGGCUGCUCUGGACAAAUUACAGGCUGAUAUUCAGGCUCUGCUGGUAGCCAGAGAGAAGACAUCUGAGAGCAGCACAUCUCAGCAGGGCAGGGUCCCGAGCGCAUCAAGCUUAGAAGACUGGACACACGUUGUGGCUCCAUCUCCAGAUGAUGAGGUUGUUAUCAGCCUGAAAGCUCUCAUAGAUGAGUGUGUCCAUGGGAGAAACUACUGCAGACAGGUUCUCUGUUUAUAUGAACUUUCUAAGGAACUGAACUGCUCCUACAGUGAGAUGUCAGCCCAGGACCCUGAGCAGGUGCUCCGAGCCAUCCUCUCCUCCCAUCAGGCAGAGAGAUGCAGGAAGGCUCAGGCCUUCAUCACCACCCAGGGGCUCCAGCCCCAAACUGUGGCAGAGCUCGUGGCUGAAGAAAUCCUGCAGGAGUUGUUGACAUCUGCAGAAGGGAAAGGACAGAAGCAGGUUCUGAACCCUGCAGCUGAGAGCCAGGCAUUCCUCCAGCUCGCCAAGCUCUGCCAGGACCACACCUUGGUGGGCAUGAAGUUACUGGAUAAAAUCUCCUGCGUGCCACGUGGGGAACUCUCCUGCAUUACAGAAUUGCUGAUUUUGGCCCAUAACUGCUUUAGUUUGACCUGCCACAUGGAAGGAAUCACCAGAGUGCUCCAAGCAGCCAGGCUUCUCACGGAUGAACAUUUGGCACCCAAGGAGGAGUAUGGGCUCGUGGUUCGUCUCCUCACAGGGAUUGGCAGGUACAAUGACAUGACCUACAUCUUUGAGCUGCUGCAUGAGAAACACUACUUUGAAGUGCUCAUGAGGAAGAAGCUGGACCCGAGCGGGACGCUGAAGACGGCGCUGCUGGAGUACACCAAGCGCUGCCGGCCCGGGGACAGCGAGAAGCACAACAUGAUAGCCCUCUGCUUCAGCAUGAGCAGGGAGAUCGGGGAGAACCACCAGGCUGCUGCCUGCACACAGCUCAAACUCAUCGAGUCCCAGCCCUGGGAGGAGUCUCUUCAGGAUGUUGCAAACUUAAAGAAGCUGCUGCUGAAAGCUCUGACUCUCUUUAUUGAUGCAGCAGAAAGUUACUCUAAGGUAAAAUGAGAUAUGGAAUGGGGUGAUUUCUGCACAGCACCAGGAGCACACUGCAGUGGUGUGACGCGGCUGCUGACCCUCCAGCUGCACCUGCUGGGCACGGGGCAGGGCACCAGGCUCAUCAGCCUGCGCCCCCAGCACCUCCCGGGCACCGUCCUGGCCCUGCCUCGCUUCUACCAGGCAGCCAUCGUGGCUGAGGCCUAUGAGUUUGUUCCAGACUGGGCUGAAGUUCUCUACCAACAUGUGAUCACCAAGGGAGACUUCACCUACCUGGAGGAGUUCAGACAACAGAGACCACUGAAGCCCAGCAUGUUUGAGGAGAUCGCUAAGAAAGUCAAACAGCACCCACCUACUGACGCUGCUCUGAAGAACCUGAAGAAGUUGCUGACAUACUGUGAGGACAUCCACACCUGCUACAGGCUGGCUUACGACCACAAGCUGUACGACGUGGUGAACACCCUGCUGAAGGACUCACAGACAGGCUGCUGCCUGCAGGACGUGCUCUCAGGGUAG